UCACACCUACAGAGGAAGGAAGUCGUGUUUAUCUGCAGUGAACAAAUGAAGUCAUUCUCACAUCACCGAGAGGCCGAAUGGACCAAACAUCUCUUCUGUGGCUCUUUGUGAGCUCUCUGCUGUUCUGCUCAACAAACCAAGCCUCUCUGACUGUGAGUCCCAGCAGAUCUCAGUUUUUUCAAUGGACAUCUGUCUCUCUGAGCUGUGAGGAGGACGACAGCUCUGCUGGAUGGAAGCUGAGGAGGAACACAACCACAGAAACCAGGAAGGAGUGUGGAGACGGCUGGGGAAGAUCAGCUGGUUCCUCCUGUAACAUCAGCUUCAUCGUCGACUGGGACAGUGGAGUUUACUGGUGUGAGUCCAGAGAGGGAGCAACCAGUAACAGCAUCAACAUCACUGUCACUGGUGGACCAGUGAUCCUGCAGAGUCCUGUCCUCCCUGUGAUGGAGGGAGAUGAUGUCACUCUGCACUGUAAAACAAAGACCUCCAACCUCCCAGCUGAUUUCUAUAAAGAUGGCUCCCUCAUCAGGACUGAGCCUGCAGGUCACAUGACCAUCCACUAUGUUUCCAAGUCUGAUGAAGGCCUCUACAAGUGUGACAUCAGCAGUCAUGGAGAGUCUCCAUCCAGCUGGAUCUCUGUCACAGUGAACAGAAGCUAG